CUCGUUUUCCGUACGGUCCUGAAUAGUUUAAAAAUGUUUCAUUCCUGGGAAUAGGUUCUUUGAUGUUUCGUAAACUGAUAUCCCGAAAAUGAGUUGCAAUCGCAUAUCUCAUCGUGUGAAGGACGAGAGAAAUGUUUGUCGGUCAACUCAUCCUGGCAUUGCAGUUACUGACCGCUUUGCCUCGCACAAGGGAAACGAAUACGCCACACCACCCCUUCCACUCUCACCUUCGGCAACGAGCGGAGAGAGUGGAGGGAAGGUUGCUGUCCUUUCUCUGACACUGUUUACUCUGGUGGAAACAACUCUGCAACCGAGGGCACCGAAUUUUCAGUAUUUUGAGAGGCCAAAGUAUCGAUACCCAUAUUAUGAUGAACAAGGAAGAGGACGUCUUUUGUAUGGAUAUGGAGGGUCAGACUUAUAUCAGUAUAAAGCCUAUUCCCCACUUGAAGGAAUUCAUUAAUUUAUGCUACAGAUUAUAUCAAUAACGUAAGAAAUAAGUUUUGUGUUUAAGACAGAUGAUAGGCAUUGUGUUAAACCCAUCAUCACUAGUUUCUUUUCAAAAGUGUACUGUAGUUUGCUGCACAUACAGUAAUACUGCAAUCCAGGACAAUUGUAAAGAGACAUGAUUCUCCAUUAUGCAUGAGCAACUGUCAACAUUGUUUCUGCCAUGUGGACCUGAAUUUUGUUCUGUAUAUAAAUGUAAAUUACAAGCAUUUCUUGCACAAUUUUUACUAGACAGAUCAAAAUAAUUGUACUCUGUCCACAAGCUUUCAUGUUGCAUCAAUAUUAUUUUUCAUGUUCACUUUACAGCUAUGUUAAAUUAUUGGUCAGAAUAUAACUAGAAAAAAAAUUGACAUAAUUUUGUAUACAAUAUAUUACAGAUUGAGACAGAAAUGGUGUAUCUUUUGAAACUACUGUUACCUAAUGGUCACUUCUUCAUACUAACAUAUUUGUAAGCAACAUUGUAAGGUCAUUUUCAGUGCCUGUAGAUGGUACUAUUCAGUUCCAAGUUUACUAAGGAUUGCAAAUUCCAUUAGCAACCAAGAAAUCAGUGAAGCAAUAACUUUUAACUGAAUAUUAAAAACUAACAUAAUAAUGCAACACUUCAGUAUGUUAUCACUCCAUUCUGUUGUGAAGGGUCAUUCCAAACAUACGCUGCUCAGAUUUUGCCAAACCCAGUAUUAUUGUAAGUAGUAGCUAGACCAUUUACCUGGCUCAGAAUAACAAAGUGAUUGCCCAGUUAAUUGCUUACAAAACAGUAAUGAUAGCAGCAAUCAGAGAAUGAGCUUAGACAUGCCUUCUAUUUUGUUAACCGGGUUGAUUCAUUUUCAUUUUUGGAUUUUUUUCUCAUGGCAUGUCGCUUUUACACGAAGGAAUAUCCUAAACUGAAACCUAAUACACCCCAUCAACGAGCAGCAUGUGCACGUGUUUAGAAUAGAAAGGCCGAGUCAUUCCUGCCGCAAUGAUAUUGUGAGUGAAGACAAAUAUGAACCAACAGCACCAUACGCUCCCAUAUUCAGCUGUCAAUCACUUUCUUGUUCUGAUCAAGGUACACAAUAAUUUUCACAAUAGAAACAAUUUAUUUCUUAUACUGAAACCUAAUAAAAAUAAGAAUGAAUUUUUUAUACAUUUCAUUUCUGUACAAAAGUUUUGUGGAAUUUGACUGAAUUCUGAAGAAAUUU